AAGUUUUAUUGUUAUGAGUGUCGCGGAGGGAUACAUCAAUUAGCGGCUCGUCAGGAAGUCACGAGUUCGUGCAGGCUGUGGACGUUGUGUUGAAGUGUGUCACUCCAAUCCUUUUGGCGAAAAAUUAACGUCGUUUGAUCCUGUACACCCCGACAUUUCAGUUCGGACUAUUCUAAAGGGUGUGAUUUUAGGUGUGCUGUAAGAGAACCAGAGUGUUGGGAUGGCGGCCAGAGGGGCCCAGAGGCCAAACGGUACCCAGGGGAAGAUUUGUCAGUUCAAACUGGUGCUGUUGGGGGAGUCAGCGGUCGGCAAAUCCAGUCUGGUCCUGCGCUUCGUCAAAGGGCAGUUUCACGAAUACCAAGAAAGCACAAUUGGAGCUGCGUUCCUAACUCAGACAGUAUGUCUGGACGACACGACGGUGAAGUUUGAGAUCUGGGACACAGCCGGCCAGGAGCGGUAUCACAGCCUGGCCCCCAUGUACUACAGAGGCGCGCAGGCAGCCAUCGUUGUCUAUGACAUUACCAACCAAGACACAUUUGAGAGGGCAAAAAAUUGGGUGAAGGAACUGCAGAGACAAGCCAGUCCCAACAUCGUAAUAGCGCUGUCCGGCAACAAGGCCGACCUCGCUAACAAGCGAAUGGUUGAGUAUGAGGAGGCCCAAGCAUACGCAGAGGAUAACAGUUUAUUGUUUAUGGAAACUUCUGCAAAAACGGCAAUGAACGUAAAUGACAUCUUCUUGGCAAUAGCCAAGAAACUUCCCAAGAACGAGCCUGCAGGUGGCGCGGGUAACCAGGCACAGGGGCGGCGGGUAGAUCUCAAGGAAACAGGGAACCAACAGGCUUCCAGCACUUGCUGCAAGUGAUGGCACCACAACAAGAACAACCACACCACCCAACUUCUGUAUUUUCUACCCCCAAAAUACUCCUUCCCAACCACACCCCACCUUUCCUCUCCCACUCCUUUUUCUUCCCCCGCCGGAUCUCUGAGGGUUUUCUGCUGUUUCCCACGCCGUUCUAGACAUUUUCACCGUCGUCCAACGCCAUUUCAUCCUCAUCUGCUAGUCCUGCUGCAUGUACAAAUGGUAGCUCAAACUAUUCUUUGUAAAUCAAAAAAAAUAUGGUGUGAGGAAAGGCGGACGUUUUUUCUAUAUCAAAGCAAGGUGUAUGUAAUAUUAUACUAGCAAUGUUUUGUUUUUAAGCUUCCCAGUACCAUUGUAGAUACAAGAGUUCUUGCAUAAUGACGUAAGUGGCAAUGUACAGGUGUAGUAAGAUCAUCGUUAAGAGAAAAGCAAUUGCAGAGAUUAAUUCUAUAAAAACUUAAAAAAUGAAACCGUCUGGGGUUAGGUAUUUGUUUAGGCGAUUUGAUCAUUGGACUGUCAGUUACAAUAUUAUGAUGAUUGUAUGAAAUGAAAUAACCUUAAAAGGACAACUGCUUUCCUUGAGUAUGUUCAUUUGACAGUCACAUUUAAAAAGAAAUGAUAACACAAUGCUGUGAAAUUGACCAAUUAAAACUACCCUGUAUUUACAUUACCAUGGAUGCUUUUUUUAUUUUACAGUACAGCACUGGCUAGACAUGUACCCUGCCUAGCGCUGCAUUUUUAGCCAAGCUAAUUAUAGCUGGUGCCUUCAUUGUAGUGAUGUGCAUUCCUCUCCGAACCGGCUUGUCAACUUUACCCUAUCUAAAACACGAACAUUGUAAAUAUGAACAGUGUAUGCUUUUUCAAUGUUGAAGUCUUCUACUCUUAUGCUGGCUUGUAUGCUAUAAUCGCCUCUUGGACAACGUACCCGUACGUAGUGUACACUAGAGUUAACGUUGGAUAAAAAGGGGUGGGAGGGAGGUACCGGUAAUGCCUAGGUCCGUCUUUUUCCGCUGAAUAUAUUAUUGUUACAUAUGGGAAGAUUUUUAGUUGUUACAAAUUUCUCAUGGAACCAAGCAAAGAAGUUACAGGAGAAGUUACAGCUUUGUUACAGUGGUAACAAGUGUUUUCUCUUGGAGGUAACACUAAGGAAUAUAAAAUAGCAGGUGACUUACCCAGCAGUGUGACAUCACAGCACAGAAUUAUAGCAUGAAAGUUCAUCUGUGUUGGUAAAUGACAUUAUGGAUAAACUUAACUUUAACUAACCAACAUUAAAUUGAUUGGGAAUUACCCCCAAAUUUCUGGCCGACUCCGUCCACCUUGUUUACGGAAUGGACCCGUCUACUGUAGCUUCCAAAAGACAGAACAGAGACGGGGCAAUACAGGUUAUCUGGCAUUUACGACCCUCUGCUGCAGUUGUGUGUCUUUGAUGUCACGUUCUGGAAGCUACAGUAGACGGGUCCAUAACGUGAACAAGGCUGACAGUGUUGGCUGAAAAUUUGGGGUAAGACCCAAUCAAUUUAGUGUUGGUUAGGUUAAUUUUAGUGUAUCCAUAAGCACAGAAUUAUGGUAUUUCCAAAAAUGUCUUUGUUGGUGUGAACCCUGUAUUUUCUUAACUGUACAAGUCAGACUUUGACUUGUCAUUGUAAAGCAUAAUUAUGACUUCCUUUUCCCCCUAAAUACUGACAUAUUCAUGUAUGAAUUUAAUUCUGUUGUACAUUAAAUACACAGACCAAUAUAUGUAGAGAAAGAAAACAUGAAUGUGUGAAGGACGUAUUAUUGAAUAUUUGAAGUCUAUUCUCACAACAAUAACAUGUCGAAUCGUGGUUUGCCGAAGAGUUAUAGUCAAUCGCAAAUGUGGUAUAGUCACUACACAUCAUAAUGUUUGGAAGGAAUUGAAAGACAGAGACUGCAAUCCAACCGGAAAGGGUUGAUAUUUGUUGUAUGCAAAUGUUACGAGACAUUUUGCUGUGUGUCUUGUCUGGUGGGUCCUUUCAACAAUGCACAGGCGCCCAUUGGCUAAUUCAUUUAUAUACCAUUCCCCAUUUGGUUGAGGUGUUGCUGAAAAGAUGUAUUUAGACACUUGUAGUAUAAUCAAACUGUAUAAAUUUUGGGCUUUUAUUCAAUUUCGUCGUUACGUAUCCAAGGGUAUUGAGUCAGUCGACUGAGGCUUGGACAUUUUGGAGGAAUUAACAAAGGUAUUGAUAAAGAUUGUACAAGAUAACUGUAACUCUAGGAACAAUCAUUGAUAUUUGUGCAAGUCAGUAUUUGUGUUAGGGCUUGGGGAGGGAAAUAAAAACCACAUUUGUAUGAAA